AUGGAGCCUGCCGACCAAACAACACCCUCCUCUUCUUCUUCCUCCUCCUCUUCCUCCUCCUCAUUCGUGCCUUACGUCCACUCGCCGUCCUCCCCCAAGUCCACGGCCACAUCCAGCCGCAAGGUGUCGCCGCCCGAGCUCAAGCUGGAGGGCUAUGAGCAUAUUGUCCAGCUCAAGCAGUGCGAGAUCAAACAAUCCCCCGCGCCCGAGCCCACCGCGCAAACCCAAACUGGAGCCAGCCGUCUCCCAGAAGCUCUCGCUGACUUCAAGCGCAAGGCCGAUGCUGGUGAAGCUGGUGCCUGGACCAUCCUCCCACUAAGCAACGAGGACCACACCAACUACCUUGAGCAAAUCGAAGCCGCGUUUCGACGAUUCGACUACGAUCCUACAAGAGGCUGCAUAGCUAUCCGAAUGCCUGGACUAGUACACGAGUCCUUUAUUUGCGAGUUCAAUCUCCACCUGCGUACACGACUGAUUAGCCUGGGACUUGAACAUCAGAACACAGUUACUGGGGACUUCUUGAACAAGAUCCGCGGCUACGGUUCUGCUGACAUGGGAUUGAACCCAAGCUUAUCGAAGAUGCCAAAGCAGAACAUGGAAAAUGCGAAAAAGCUUACGCGCUCCCCAGAUGCUCAAUUUGCGCUUAAGGAUGCAGGUCUAUCUGGUGUCGUCGUCGAAGUAGCAUACUCCCAGGAUGGCAAGAAGCUGCGCGGGCUGGCCAGGGAUUACAUUAUUCGCUCGCGUGGAAAGGUCAAGGCUGUUAUUGGCUUUGAUCUAAACCGGGGUGAAAAGACUCCAGCUGAUGGCGAGCUAACACUACAUCUUCACGACUUUGCCGAGGAUAAACGCUGUGAAGGCGUCGAUGACUUGUGCAUCUCGAUCCCGUACAGUGAACUCUCUACUAUCUUGGGCUCGGCCGAGGGAAGAGCCGCACUGAUAAAAAGUGACUUGUUGGACGAGGACGAGGACGAGAGUUUUGACUUGUCGCCGACGUCAUCCAAAUCCGAAGAAGAUCUAUAUCCGGAGGAAGAUGUGCAUCCUGAGGAAGAUCCGAAGGAUGUGGACUACGAUCCGGACAAGAGUGACUCAGGCUCUGAAGAGACCAGUUUCACAUCUCACGUCAAGAAGCGGCCUGCCGCCAGAGCAGAUCUCGCCGAGGGGCAAGGACCCAAGCGACUUGCUACCCUACCAACCGUCGAUGGACCGGCCCCCAACGAUAAAGAAUAA